GUAAGUCGCUUUCAGUUUCCACAUGCAUCUAUUCACAAAUCUGCGGUGUCGAACAGUAGGAAAAGUCGGGCCACGCGUCGGAUUAAUCACCUCGUCUGUCAGUUUUGAGCAACUUGUUGCGCAGCUGCUAUUUCUAACCUCCUCUGUGGUCCAUUGCUGCUGCGAGGGGACAGGCGCUGCUCUUAUUCACCAGCACACAGCCGCUGGUUUGUUUUCUGCUUCAUCGCUGAUAUUUUCUGUGGAGAAAGACAGAUGGGUGAAGCGGUGGAUUUUUGAAGGAGCGUGGCUGUAGGAAGAUGAAGCUUUUGUGUGGGUUUUUGUGAAGUCCUGUAGCCUGCAGUGGAUUUCGGAGUGUGUUUAAUAUGAUCUCAGAGACAGGUGAUGCGAGUCAUGAGCUGGACGCGUCCUUGCCACGGACUAGACUGGAGCCACAGCCUCUUGUACCUGGUUUUACUCCUGUGGACCAGACGCGUGAGUGGACUGGCUGACUUUUCAAACUACUUGUCCAGGAUCAUCACCAGUCACUCUGCUCAGGCGUGUGAUGGACAGCCUCUGCGACUCCACUGUCCACGCCACUCCACCAUCUCCAUCCAGUCUGCCUUCUACGGGGACGGCGCGGCGCGGCUGUGCAGAGCAGACCCGGACCCUUCGCUCAGAGCUCACAACCACAGCUGUUCAGCUUUUACUGCUCUACAGAAGCUUCUGUCAGAGUGUCAGAGCCACAGAGACUGCCAGCUGUCUGUCAACCACCUGCUGUUUGGGAAGGACCCCUGCCCUGGCACUACCAAAUACCUCCAUGUGGACUACAAGUGUAAACCAACUGAACACAAAAGACAUGUGGUGUGUGAGGGGGAGAAGAUGGUCCUGCGCUGUAAGCCCCCCAAGGUUCUGAACAUCUAUGCAGCUGUCUAUGGGAGAAGUCUGGGCCAGACUGACACCUGCCCCUCACACCUGACGAGACCACCCCCAUUUGAGUGUCUGAACCACGAGGCUGUACACUUGGUGUCUAAGUCCUGCUACAGCAAACAGAAGUGUGCUGUUCCUGUCAGCAACCAGACCUUUAGGGACCCCUGCUUUCCAGGAACCAGGAAGUACCUCAGUGUGGUCUAUUCUUGUGUAGUACCGAAAACUUUACUAAGGGAAGCAGACCCUUACAUAUUCAGGUCCACCUCAUCUCCUACUGUGGAAACAGAAAAAGCAGCUACUCCUGCAGAUCCAGAGGAGCCUUUCCCCAAAGGGUCAAGACGACCAGACAACUCAGGAGCGAUGAUGAGCAACUCUCUCCUGACCUAUGCCUACAUUAAAGAGCAUCCAGAAAUGGCAGCGCUGCUCUUCACCUCCAGCGUGUGUGUUGGUCUCCUGCUCACACUGCUGGCUGUAUCAGUCAGAGUGACCUGCAGAGGGCGUCGGCUCAGAGAUCACAGACUCGCACCCAAGUCUCGAAGCCAGGCUGCCAACAGCCAGGAGGAGGAUGAUGAUGAUGAGGAUGAUGAGGACGAAGAUGAUGAUGAUGAAGAGGGAACAGAAAGCUCUUUAAUCUCAGCUGCAGACAGGAAGGCGAUACACAACUGGGAGGAAGUGACUUAUGUGAGCGAGGCAGCCGAACGGGCUGAGAGGAUUGAGCGCAGGGAUAUGAUCAUACAGGAGAUACGGAUGAACGCCUAUCUGAAUGGCAGCUCAUGUUAACUCAACUAUGACCCAUGGGUGCUGCUCAGCACCGUGGGGAUUUUUUCAGGAUUCUCCGCAGCAGCUCUCAGCCUUUGAUUAUUAACAAAACAAGACACUUUUUUUAUACACUGUAAAGCAGUUUAUUGUGUGUUUUGCCAUUUUUGCAGCUGUUUGUGAAGAAUGUAAGGAUGUUUGGGUGAAACUGCAGCAUUAGCCGUUUUUAAAGGAUCAGCAGGAUUUAAUGCAGUAAAAUGUGUGAUCACAUAAAUUC